AUGGGGGCAAGGGUGCGCAGCCUGCCGUGCUUGACGCUCCUGCUGCUCCAGCCGCUUGUGCUCCACCUGCUUCUGGUGGGCUGGCAGCUUCCUCGCGUCGCGGGAAACUGCCCGGCGCGGCCCCCGCGCUUUGACAAUCAAGAAUGCGGUACCACGGCGGUGGCUUGCGUCGUUCAAUGUGAUGUCAGCGAUGCCCUGCUCAAUCUCACCUGCUCCACGAGCGGAACGAGCGUCGACGGCGCGUGGUCAGGGACGUGUGCAUCGCUCAUUCCCUCCUGCGAAGCAGGAGCUACGGUGGGCGAUCGCUCCUGGUCCUACGCCUGCUCAAGCUUGCCAGCCAUCCCCAUGGGCUUGCCUGCUGACAGCACGGCGCUACGACUCGCUUUUGACGCUCCGGCAUCCGGCCCCCUCCACCUUUCCCGGCUCGCGGCCCUGGACCAACUGCAAGUGUUACACCUGCACAACUACGAGCUGGCCUCUAGCGCCUCUUUGCCGGCCAUGCCGGGCCUUUGGGAAAUGCAUCAAGCCAGCGCCACUGCAGCUCGUCUCCUCUACCCCCAGGCACCUCUGCUCAAGACCUAUCGUGUUCGCGCAGUCUCUGUCGAGGCGGGCUUGGAGCUGAGCCGAAUCGCUCAAGCCUAUGCCAAUCUAACCUUUUUGCGUUUUACGGAGAUGACAGGGCAAAAUCUCGUGUGGAGCGCACCGGCACCAGUCCUGUCCAAUCUACGGGAUAUGUAUCUUCUGCUCAAUGAUUGCCAACAGCUUGACGGGCUCAACGUGUCCUUUCCCGCACUUCGACACCUCGAACUGACCUGUCGCUACGGCACAACCGAACUUAAGAAGAGCCUUUUACCCCAGUCCAGCCAGCUCAGAUACCUUCAAUUACACAUACAACAGGGCGCGACGACAGGCGCCGGGGAGCUGGCCCUCACCAGUAUCACCUACGACGCUUGGUGGAGGAUCAUGAACUUUGAGAAGCUGCAGCCCAAUGAAACUGCUCUGGCGGUUGUGACACCAGACAUUCAGUGUUACGGCAGAGAGCAUGGGGAUGGAUUGGUGAUGAUCAACUGCAGUUGCUACAACCCGCCGUACCAGGACGCCCCCUUUUGCCCUAAACCGGCUCAGAAUGUUGUGUGCCCUUCCUCCGGCAGUGCUCUGGAGAUUGUUCAGAUCUGCGACGGUGUCGCUGAUUGCCCAAAUGGCGAAGAUGAAGCCUCGUGCCAUGGUCUGUUGAAGCUACGCAGCAUGAGUCGUGAGCUUCCUUAUUUCCAAGAACUCGACUGCAUCGACCAGGUCGAGCUUUGGGUUGAGCGUGGGGUCAUCCGCUCGUCAAAGCCAUCUGAGUCCGGCAACUACUCGUGCUCUUCCUUGCGUGGCGUCAUGCGCAACUGGGAUGCAGCCGAGCUCCAUUAUUCCCUCAGCAGUAUACGUGCACUGGUGACAGAACGUCCGAAACCUUGGCUCGUACUAGCGGUGACCCUGCGCUUUUCCAAUAUUCUCAGCGAGGAAGUCUUGUUCCGUCUCGGUUACCAACUCAUGGAAGGAAGCUUGUUCGGCCUCAUUGGCAGCAAUGAGACGUUUAGCGAGGAUUUCACCCUACCGUCGCUCUCUGAAUUUGAAGCUCAGUACCAUGCACAUGUUAACAUUGCUGCUUCGACCACAAGGUUGCCUGCUUUGACGCCCAAGGCAUUGGAAUCAUCAACCGGCGUGUCAUCUGUGGUGGUGGUGGUGGCGGUGGUGGCAUCGAUUACAUUUGUGGCGGCAGUUGCCGUGGUUGCAUACAUGGGCCUACGACGCAGCCAUUCUCGCAAGGAGCAAGCGGCGAUGGAGAGCGAAAUCCUCACGCUGAUGCGCGAAGCUCGUGCAGACUUUGAUUCGGCCUAUCCGCAUCUGCAUCUCACACCGCUCGAGCUUCUUGACCCUGACGCCAUCAAAGUUGAGCAUGCCGUUGGCCACGGCAAUUUUAGCGACGUGUACCAGGCGAGUCUGCUCCGCGGUGAACAGGCGCCAUGGUGUGUGGCCAUCAAGAAAUGUCAUGCGGAUAAGACAACGCUUCUAGCGUGGUUGCGCGAAAUCAUGCUUUUGCACAGCUUUCGAGAUCAGCCCAAUAUCAUCGGCCUUCACGGCGUCCUCCUCAGCGUUGCGAAGCUCUCAAAUCUAUCUGCCGUGCUGGAGUGGGCGCCACACGGCAACCUCCGCGACUUUGUGCGAAGACACCCGCUCAGUGAGGCUCAAUUGCAUCAAGCUUUGCAUCAGACAGUCAGUGCUCUGGCGUACUUGGCCAAGCUGGAUAUCGUGCAUCGCGAUGUCGCAGCGCGAAACGUGCUUGUGAUGGCGGCCAGCCCGACCUUUGUCUGUAAACUGGGAGACUUUGGCUUGUCCCGAAUCAUGCCAAGUUCAGAGUACUAUAAGAGCACAGCAGACAGCGAAAUGCCAUUCCGGUGGAUGGCCCUCGAAUGUUUGGUGGCACGGCGAUAUUCCGAGCACUCGGAUGUUUGGGCGUUUGGUGUUUUAGUGUGGGAGCUGGUCACGGCUGGCGCAACGCCUUGGCAAGGCAUGGAGCUUCCUGCCAUUAUUCAACAGCUCAAAGCCGGGGCCGCCUUGCCCCUUCCCCCUGGAGCCCCGUCAAUUGCGCAGCGGUUCGCUCUUCCCCUACGUUUUCGUUAA